UCCUACGUUAUGAAUAUGUCUAAUAACACUGUGCACUUUGCUGAGUUAGUCAGGAAGUAGGCAGUGCCCCAAAAGCCCUCCUCCCACCUUGAUUUGUGCACAUAAAGUGUCCAGGAACCAGAAGACCAGCUUUUCUAGUACAGACAGCCUGUACACACAGAAAAAAUGUCAGUUCUUAUAGGCAGUUACUCGCUUCCAGUGAUAUUGGUGAGUGGCUUCAUCUUGGCUCUAACAUUCCUCACGUACAAACUGCUAGGCGACUAUGUGUACAGGUACAUUAUAAUGAAGCCCAUUCCUGAGAUUGGGACAUCAUUCCCAAUUAUUGGAAAUGCACACCAGCUGAAAACCAAUGCAGGAGAAUUUUUCAACCAGAUUGCAGAGCUCACCAGGGAGUAUUACACAUUACCACUGUUCAAAAUCUGGAUUGGCACUGUCCCAUUUGUCAUCUUGUACCAUUCUGAAACUGUUGAGACCAUUUUGAACAACUCCAUCCACAUGGACAAGGCAGAUGCAUAUAAAUUCUUGCACCCCUGGCUUGGCACUGGUCUUCUCACAAGCACUGGCACCAAAUGGCGACAGAGGAGGAAGAUGCUGACCCCAACCUUCCACUUCUCUAUUCUAGCUGACUUCCUGGAUGUUAUGAAUGAGCAGGCUGAGAUCCUGGUGGAGAAGCUGCAGAAGAAAGCUGGCAUGGGCGAGUUUAACUGCUUUCCCCAUGUCACCCUGUGUGCUCUGGACAUUAUCUGUGAAACUGCCAUGGGAAAGAAAAUCUAUGCGCAAAGCAAUGCCGAAUCCGAGUAUGUCAAGUGUGUGUACAGAAUGAGUGACAUUGUCAGUCGGAGACAGAGAAUGCCAUGGUAUUGGCCAGACCUUUUGUACUAUUCUAUAGGAGAUGGCAAAGAGCAUGACAGGAUCCUCAAGGUUCUUCACUCCUUUACGUACAAAGUAAUACAUGAGAGAGCCGAGAGCAUUUCCAACACUGAAUCAGACAGUGAGACAGACGGGAAGAAGAGGCGGGCAUUUCUGGACAUGCUCCUGAAGACCACAGACGAAGAGGGCAACAGCAUGAGUCACCAAGACAUUCAGGAGGAGGUGGACACCUUCAUGUUUGAGGGUCAUGAUACCACGGCUGCUGCCAUGAACUGGACUCUACACCUGGUGGGGUCUCACCCAGAGGUGCAACGUAAAGUGCACCAAGAGCUGGAUGAGGUGUUUGGAACAUUAGAGAGGCCUGUCAGCACAGAUGACCUGAAGAAGUUGCGUUACCUGGAGUGUGUAAUUAAAGAAGGGCUGCGGCUGUACCCAUCAGUCCCAUUCUUUGCACGCACCAUCUGCCAGGACACCACCAUCAAGGGCUUCAAGGUACUCAAAGGUUCCACUAUCAUAAUUGUGACAUACGCACUACAUCGGGACCCGAGGUACUUCCCAGAGCCUGAGGAGUUCAGACCUGAGCGAUUCCUCCCAGAAAACUCAGUGGGACGUCCUGCCUAUGCAUACAUACCCUUCUCUGCUGGACUCCGCAACUGCAUUGGCCAGCGUUUUGCCCUGAUGGAGGAGAAGGUGGUAUUAGCAUCCAUAUUGCGGCGUUUCACUGUGGAGGCGUGUCAGAAACGAGAGGAACUACAGCCAGUGGGAGAACUCAUCCUACGUCCAGAGAAGGGCAUUUACAUCAAAUUGGAAAAGAGGACUCCAGGGGCGUCUGCACAGUAACUGUAUUUCUUUAUUCAAUAUUUUGUAACUGUCUUGAAUAAAUGUGUAAAUAAAACUA